GGAGCCGCGGCCGCAUGAAUGAGCCGCCGCACGAGUACUACGCGCGCCUAUAAAAGCCGCUGCGCCGGCCGGGCUGCGGGAGGCGAGCGGGCACCGGCGCGACGCGGCCCGCCAGAGGGCGGAGCCGUGUUCAGACUCGGCCGGACGGACCCUUCCCCGUUCCCGGCCGGCGGCGGACAGAGGACCCCGCGCAGCACCUGCCCACGCCCGGAUGGAGACGCAGCCACUUCGGAGGAGCAGCAAACAGAGGCUUUUCUUAAGGCUCCUGCGCCAUCCUCUCAAGAAAGUGGGACGAGGGUGCUGGCCCCCCAGGAGACAGGCCCCCCUCCUGCCUUUCCCCGCAGCGCGGUGACUCAGCCUCGCUGCCCCCGGCUGGCUGAGCGGGGCCGCCGGCGAGAGACUGACGCCCACCUGCCCGCUGGCCGGGCCUCGACUCUUUGGGGAACAAGCCCCCACCUCCACCCCCAGCCCCCCGUCCCUCAUUCAUCAGAGACGCCCCUCCCGGUCCCGUUCCGUCGGGGUCGUCCCACUACGCCCCCGAUUUCCCGCCUCUGCGCUCGGAGCAGUCCUCUUCGGACUGGGCGGGGGCGGGGUCUCGGCUGGAUAGCCUGGCCCCGCCCCCAUUGUCACCACCCCGCCGCCGGAAGUGCCUCCCCGCAGGGACAGCUUUGACGUCACAGGCAUCUGACGUCAGGGGCCGCGUGCCGGUCCACCAGCGCCGGGGCCGAGAAGGGCGGGAGACGCGAGGGAGGAGGAGCAGCAGCGCCCCCAGCCGCAGGCGACGGGAGCAUCCCCGCCUGGGCAGCGCGCCGGCACCUUGGCUCUAGACUGCUUACUGCCCGGGCCGCCCUCAGUAACAGUCUCCAGUCACGGCCACCGACGCCUGGCCCCGCCCCAGGACCGCGGACCCGGCCGCCCGCCGCGCUCCUUGAGCCCCUCGGUCCCCUGGGAUCCCGCAGCCCCGAGCUAACUGGCCGCGCCGCCGCUGUCCGCGGUGCUGAUCCAGCGCAGG